CAGUGUGAGGACACAGUUGAGCAGAUUUUUUAACAGAUUAAUUAUUCUUAUGUGUAUAUCUAAAAGUAAAAAAGAUAUUGACAUGGAAUGAGAGCUUUUAUUCCGGUGAGUGUGUUUCCAGUCGUGCCGGUUUUGAGGGGAAUGUGCUCGGAGAACCUGGCAACCCAGCCCCGGACCGUUGCGGGGAGGAUGAGCAGCGGCUAAUGGCUGACUGGGAGUUUUGGAUUAGCUAACGUUCUGCCACUUGUAAGCCACAUACGUCGUCUUUUUUGUGUGUCCGUGUGUGUUGUGAAGCUGUUUGCGGUGGGAAACGUUCAGACGGUUCAGAUGUGGGCAUAUCUGUUGGUGAACUGUUCCUGAAGCUGCACCUCAGACGGAGGACAUCAGGAGCCUUAACAGUGACGGUCGGCCGCUGCUCAACAUGUCCAAGAGCAAGAGCUCCGAGUCAGUCAAGGUGGUGGUCCGCUGUCGGCCCAUGAAUGAGAAGGAGCGGGCUGCAAAGUUUGAGAGGGUGGUCUCCGUCGACGUCAAACUGGGCCAAAUUAUUGUCAGGAACCCAAGGGACGCUUCAGCCAGCGAAGUCCCCAAAGUCUUCACAUUUGAUUCGGUCUAUGACUGGAACUCCAAACAAAUAGAUCUCUAUGAUGAAACCUUCAGGCCUCUGGUCGAUUCUGUUCUCCUUGGCUUCAACGGGACUAUUUUUGCUUACGGCCAAACGGGAACAGGGAAAACGUACACUAUGGAGGGAGUGAGGAAUGAUCCGGAGAGGAGAGGGGUGAUUCCCAACUCCUUCGAGCACAUCUUCACACACAUUUCACGGUCCCAGAAUCAGCAGUACCUGGUCAGAGCGUCUUAUCUAGAGAUUUACCAGGAAGAAAUCAGAGACUUGCUCUCCAAGGAUCAGGCACGUCGUCUGGAGCUCAGGGAGAGGCCUGACACCGGUGUGUAUGUUAAAGACCUUUCAUCUUUCGUCACCAAGAGUGUGCGGGAGAUCGAGCAUGUCAUGAAUGUGGGCAACCAGAAUCGCUCCGUUGGUGCCACUAACAUGAAUGAACACAGCUCACGUUCCCACGCCAUCUUUGUCAUCACGGUGGAGUGCAGUGAGCUGGGUGUGGACGGGGAGAACCAUAUAAGAGUUGGCAAACUGAAUCUGGUAGACUUAGCUGGCAGCGAAAGACAAACCAAGACUGGUGCUCAGGGGGAGAGGCUGAAAGAAGCCACAAAGAUCAAUCUGUCACUUUCUGCUCUGGGUAACGUCAUAUCAGCUCUGGUGGAUGGCAGGAGCAGCCACAUCCCGUACCGAGACUCAAAACUCACCCGUCUGCUGCAGGACUCUCUCGGGGGAAACGCUCGCACCGUCAUGGUCGCCAACAUCGGCCCGGCGUCCUACAACGUGGAGGAGACCCUGACGACGCUGCGCUACUCUAACAGGGCCAAAAACAUCAAGAAUAAACCACGGGUCAAUGAGGACCCCAAGGAUGCUCUGCUCAGGGAGUUUCAGGAGGAGAUCGCGAGGCUGAAGGAGCAGCUGCAGAAACGCUCGGGAAAGAAGAAACGGAGGAGGCAGAAGAGGAGGGCCGGAGAGGGGAGCGACAGUGAGGAUCUGGAAGAUGGAGAGACGGAAGAUGACGAGGAAGAGGGAGACGACAAAGGGGAUUACUGGCGGGAGCAGCAGGAGAAGCUGGAGAGGGAGAGGAAGGCCAUCAUGGAGGAUCACAGUCUGGUGGCUGAGGAGAAAACUCGGCUGUUGAAGGAGAAGGAGAAGAAAAUGGAGGACUUGAGGAAAGAGCAGGAGGCUGGAGAGAUGCUUGCAGCCAAAGUUAAGGCGAUGGAGAGUAAACUCCUGGUAGGCGGGAAGAACAUUGUGGAUCACACCAAUGAGCAGCAGAGAAUGCUGGAACAGAAGAGGCAGGAAAUCACAGAACAGAAACGACGGGAGCGAGAGAUGCAGCAGCAGAUGGAGAGUCGCGACGAAGAGACUCUGGAGCUGAAGGAGACAUACAGUUCUCUGCAGCAGGAGGUCGACAUCAAAAGCAAGAAGCUGAAGAAGCUGUUUGCCAAACUGCAGGCGGUGAAGGAAGAAAUCCAUGACCUCCAGGAGGCUCACAUAAACGACCGGCAGGACCUGGAACAAACCCAGAACGAGCUCACCAGGGACCUCAAACUCAAGCAUCUGAUCAUCGAAAAUUUCAUUCCUUUAGAGGAAAAGAACAAAAUAGUCAACAGGGCUUUCAUCGAUGAGGAGGACGAGUACUGGAAAAUGAAGCCAAUCACGCGCAUAGAGGACGACCAUCAGAUGAUGACCAGGCCUCUGUCUGCGGUCGGCUACAGGAGGCCUCUCAGUCAUCAUGCACGCAUGGCCAUGAUACUGAGGCCUGACGUGAGAUAUAAAGCUGAAAACAUCCUGAUGCUGGACAUGGACCUGCCUGCUCGGACCACCAAAGAGUACCAGGAGCCGGUUAUCGCCCCAAAGGUGGCGGCAGCUCUGGAGGACGCUCUGAGGGACGAGGACGAGAUCCAGGUAGACGCCUCUGGCUUCCACAGCGGCUCUGGAUCUUCACCGUACGCCAGUGCCAGCAGCAGCCUCAAGAAACCAAAGUCUGGUCGACCCAGAACUGGCAAGAAGUCGAGCACCCCGACGUCUCCGUUCAGCCCCUCCAGUCCAGGAUCCCCUCUUUACCCACAAUCCCGCGGCCUGGUGCCCAAGUAACAGGUCCUACCACUACUAGCUAAUCACUACCACCUCUUGUGCACCUUUUCCACUUACGGGACCCGACUUAAGAGAGGAUGGGUUUAGUUUUUAAGAGACCUUUUAGGACUUAAUGCUGCUUUGUUAGGUUUUGAACUGUAACCGCACCACUGUUAACUGUACAACAGCAGCCACGCAUGAAGCCUCACGUCACUGCUAAAACCUUCCCCUCGCAUUCGGCCCAAUGUCAGUAAUGUCUUAGAUAAACGUCACGAUGUUCUUAAUGUACAGAGACACAGUGGAGGUGGGUUUGGACUGCAGUAUCCUCAAUGCACUACUCCGUAUCUUCCCACAUGUGCUGGGUGUCUUCUCUCUUACUGUGGACAUGUGAUGUGGUGUAGUGGGGUAAAGACACAUGGACUAGACAUCUCUGCUGCAGUUGUCACUAACAGACUGCGUGUGUGUGUGUGUGUGUGUGUGUGUGUGUGUGUGUGUGUGUGUGUGUGUGCGUGUGUGUUAAUGUAUGUGUCUCGGCAUCACUGCCUGAAUAUAGAAUUUUAAUGUCAAAAUGCGCUGUUUUUGGAUUUCAGUCGUCGGUGUUCUGAUGUUGUUAGAUUGCAGCUUUACGUUUGUGUGUGGCUGUGUGUCGGCUUCUGUCUUAAAGGAAUAGUUCCACAUUUUGGGAAAUAUGCUUAUUAGCUGUGUGGCAGAAAGUCAAAUUAUAACUGUAUCUCAAAUAAUUAGAAUAUUAUGGAAACGUCUUCAGAAGUGAAUGCAAAAAGGUAAACUGCCAUACAUUCAUGCUGAAUACGAACAGGAGCUAGCCUAGCUUAGCAUUGAGACUGUCUACGCCCAUCGGCCUCCAAAUUCAUUAUCAAUACAUCUCGUUUGCACAAUUUGUACAUAAAAGAAAGGUAUAAACAUGUUUUGGGUGAUGCUCAGAUCAGACAUUUCAAUUACUUCCAACUUUACAAUAAGUACAAGUUCACUUUCACAAUUAUAAUAUCCUGAAAAGGGCUUUCUUUCCCAUAAUUUAAUCCAAAAAGGUAAACUUUCAUAUAUUAAUUGCACAUAAAUUUAUUAUUUCAAGCCCUUUCUUGUGUUAAUUCUGAUUAUCAGAAGUCCAGUGUCUUAAAUUUUAGCAAUUUGCUCUAAAUAAAAUUUUCUCUCUAAUAUUUUGAGACACUGGAUUUCUGAUUUUUCAUGAGCUAUAAGCCACAAUAAUCAAAGUUAAAACAAGAUAAAUUUUGAAAUCUGUCACUUUACAUGUAAUUAAUAUAGAAUAUAUUGAUGGGAACCUUUUUGAAUUAAGUCAAGAAAAAAAAAGUUUUUUCACAAUAUUCUAAAUAUUUAAGAUGCAUUUGUGCUAAAUUUAAACCCAGAGGUUAUUUGUUUGGCUCACGGCGGCAACAGGAGCCAAUAAAUAUGGCCACUGUGCAACCUUCGAAACACCUAGAAACUGUUUUUACAUUUCUUUUAGGCACGAAUUGAGCAAAUUAGAUCCAGCCAGAGGCAGGCUUCCCUCCUGCUGAGUCUUAAUCCUCCUGUUGUCCUCAUUUACAAGCACCAAAAAUUAUUGUUUCCUUGAAUGAAAAAAAAUCCCAAAAUUCGGCAAAAAAAAUCGACAAAUUUCUGAAAAUUUGUAAAACCUUCAGGAAGAAAAUUCCAAUAAUUCCUUAAAAAUUUCCCUUAAAACUUUUAUUUUUAAAAAAUCCCCCAAAUUUGGCAAGAAAGUUCUUGUAAAUAUUUUCAAAAAAAAUGAGUAGAAAUCUUCCAAAAAAAUCCUAAAAAUAUCUAAAGUGAUUCCAUAUAUAUCAGUAAAACUUCUAAUAUUUUCUUUAAGAACAUUCACAUAAAAAUCAACCAAAAUCCAGCAAAUUUCGCUGGAUUUUGGUUGAUUUUUUUGUGACUGUUUUUAAGAAACAUUUUUAACAAUUCUUUUUUUCCACCAAAAAAUGUUCAAAGAUUUCUCAAAAAUGUUGAAAAUGUGGACAUCAGAAGUCUGUGAAUUUUAUUUUUUUUUUCACCACAUUUUCAAACUUUAAAACAGGAUGACACGAGGGUUAAUGCUAAGCUACACCAUCUCCUGUUAGCCUCGGCAUACAAAUAUAGAUUCACAGAUGCGCAAAAUUUCCUCAAAUGGCGAAACUAUUCUUGUCUGUGUAUGAUUGUAAAUGUGCAGGCCGGAAAGCACAGCACACUGCAGACUCGGCCUCUCGCUGUAAUCAGUAGAUGCUGUUCUUCCUUUCGGGCACAAGACGAGGCGAUAGGUGGGGAACGACGGGAGAGAGCUGGACUCAUUCACAUAAAAAACCCCGCUGUGGACGCGUUCUGGGAAAUUUAAAAACCGUCCCAGAACGUGCCUCAGUUUCAUCAGGUGACUCAGAAGGUGCCUUAACCUGUGUCCUCAUCCUCUGCUUUUACAUUUCAAGUGUACCUCAUCCGCUCUUUCACUGAUUCCACCAUCAGGGAAAAUGUCCAUGACUGUCAGAGUGCACUCAGGAGGUGGAGAGGCAGAGCAUUCGGACUCAGCAUUCAGACGCUCCCAGGUUUGAAUAAGGGCCACUGCAGAGGGAGCAAACGAAGGGCGAUGUGUUCCCCUUCCCUUUUUAAAACAUUUUUUUACCUCAUCUGACUUUGCAUUGAUCUGAGUGGCCCUUAGAAAGAACUGGAUGGUCUCGCAGAACACUAAAACCCCUGGAGAGCAAAACUGAGCUCAUUACAGUAGGGAUCGACUGAUGUGUUUUUAAAAAAAAUGUUAUGGGGCCAAUACUUUUAGAGCUGAUUACUGGUGAUCAAGAAAGACCGAUAGCUGAUAUUUGGAAACAAUAUACGUUAAAUGUAAUGUUUUAACAGCAUUUGACAGCAGAGAACUCAAUUAGGCUUCUUCAUUAAUUAGGGCGACUAUAACAGAAAUAGGAGUGAUUAAAUUAGGACGCUCUCUGUUUAUGUGGGAUCAACUGAGAUUAAUGAGUUUUUCUCCUACAGUUCUUCUCCACUUUCUGAAUAUUUCACAGUUUUAUCCCUUUUUUGUCCACUAAGGUCCAGAUCUUAAAUUAAUUAUUGUUUUCCAGAUUCUGUUUCAGGUUAAUCUGUGGCUGCCUUCUAAUUCAGCCGCUAGCUGUUAGCAUAGUCUUAGCCACUGUCAGAAAAGCUAAUUUCCUGAUUUGUACCUCCACUAAAGAAAUGUGUCUGUCAUUUAGAGCAGAUUGUUCAUCUUACUUUAGGAAGGUGUGAGGAUGCUCCAGACAGGCUAAGAGGAACCUGUUAUGGAUAGCCGUAGCCUGGGCUUAGAUAGCAAUAAUCGAAAAGAAUUCAAAUAUCAGCCUCGAUCUCUGCGUAAAACCACAAAUAUCAACCUUGCAGCUUCUGUCCUUCAUUUUCUUUCAAUGUUUAUCACUUUUAUUGUCCACUAAGGUCCAGAUCUUAAAUUAAUCAUUGUUUUCCAGAUUCUGUUUCAGGUUAAUCUGUGGCUAUCUUCUAACUUAGCCGCUAGCCAUUAGCAUAGUCUUAGUCACUGUCAGAGAAGCAGAGCAGAUUGGUAAAGUUAAUCUUACUUCAGGAAGAUGUUUUGGUGCUCCAGACAGGCUAAGAGGAACAGGAGACCUGUUAGCGACAGAAUUAGCCCGAGCUUAGAGGGAAUAAUUGAAAAAUAAAGUCAAAUAUCGGCCUUAAACUCUUUUUAAAACCACAGAUAUCAACUUCAUGGCUGCUGUUGUUCACUAUUUUCCUACACUGUUAUAUCACUUUUAUUUCCCACUAAGGUUCAUAUCUGACGGUUAGCGUAGCCACUGUGGGAGAAGCUAAUUUCCUGGUUUGUGUUUCUUGUUCAGACAUUUCUGAGACCACAGAGUGAAACAGACAUAGAGAUGAGGCUUCAUCAGACCUGAAGUAGAGCAUUUAAUUCAUUAAUGGUCGGCCAGUAAAAAUACAGAUGAUCAGGAAAAACACCAAAUAUCGGUCACGAUAAUCGGUCUAUCCCUACUUUACCGUACUGUGGUGGAUGGAUGUGAACAUGCCAAACCAUUCCACGCCUCCAGGUGGAUAAUAUGCAGUUCUAAACUCCGUGUUUCAGCCUGCUGCUCUCGGUUCCCCGUCCUCUAAACUGUGAUCGGGGCUUGCUGUCCGCUCGCUGCUACUGUGCAGGGUUUUCCCAACCCUUGUGACAUUUCAACAAGCCUGGGUCAAACGGCAUUAGAAAUCCGAGAUCCGUCAACAUGUCUCGGUAGCAAAGUGUUGGUUUUUUUUAAAGGAUCUGUGCUGUUUGACUCAUGUCUAUGUAUUUAGAUAUGUAACAAAAACUUGUUGAUAGGCAAUCCUCUGUCACUUUUGCAGAUGUAAAAAAAACUAAUUUGGGUUUCCAUAUUGAAAAAAAUCUAACUUAUUAUUACAAUCUUUUGUUUUUUAUAUAUAUAUAUACAGAUGUAGAUAUAAUUUUCUAUCAUUUUUUUCUUUAAAAUAGAUUAUUUUUUUGAGCGCUGUAUUUAAUGUCAAAUUUUAUUUUAUUUUUUGCAUCAUACAUGUCGUAUACGUCUUUUUGUAUUCAGCAAGGUACAGGCUUUUUUCACGUUAGCAUGGAAGAUUAAACUUGGGGGUCACUUCGAUGUGGGGAACAUAGUGGAGAUCGAUUCUCAUCACAUUUAGCCUCGUAAACACAAACAUAAUCCUUAGAAUAAGACCUGAUUGUUGUCGCUGACAUUGCAUCGCUGUUAACCCGCCGCAUGAUUUUAGCACGCUUGAGUAACAUGUUUGGUUGUGCGAGUAUUCAUCCGUCAUAGGAAUUUGGUGAACAAAAUGUGAACGUCUUAAUUUAUCUGAAUGCUUUUACAUCCAUAUCCCUGAGUUACAUCACUGGAUCCAAACUCCGAGACUUUUCGUGACCAAAUUAAUGUGCUGUUUUUUUGUUUUAUAGCCAAAUGAUGAUUCUGCUGGUGCGAUGUCUUUUACCUGUUUAGUUUAUUUUCAUUAUUAAAGACGAUUCAAUGGGUAAA